GACCACACUUGGACCGGGCACGAUGCAUGCAAGUCAUACAAAAUUGAGCCUUUGGUCGAGUCAUAUCAAAUUCUGAAGAAAACACUCAGAAGACCAUGGAAUCACACAAAUCUACUACUCUAAAAGCCAGUUCAUCGAAUACGAAAAUGCCAACGGACGAUCUCGCAAAACCUCGACGUGGUCCUCCUUGUACUAUCGUUAUAAAAUUGGGAACAUCCUCCAUAGUACAUGAAGAAACCCAUCAACCCUUGCUUUCUAUACUUUCAUCGGUAGUCGAAACUGUAGUGCACCUUCGGAAGCUUGGGCAUAAGGUUGUGCUAGUGAGCUCUGGUGCCAUUGGUGUUGGGCUGAAGACGAUGGACAUGCCCCAUAAACCAAAGAGUUUAUCAGGAAAACAAGCAUUGGCAGCCAUCGGUCAAGGUCGACUAAUCGCGCUCUGGGAUAACCUUUUUGGACAGUUCGAACAGCGUACUGCCCAGAUCCUACUUACUCGGGGAGACAUUUCGGAUCGGACUCGGUACCUCAACGCAGUCAACACUUUCAAAGAACUACUAUCGAUGAAUGUCGUCCCAAUUGUAAACGAGAAUGAUACUAUUUCUGUUAGCGAAAUUAAAUUUGGUGACAACGAUACCCUAUCAGCCAUCACAUCGUCCAUGAUCCACGCGGACUACCUGUUCUUGCUGACAGAUGUGGACGGUCUAUAUACCACGAAUCCUCGAAAAGACCCAUCGGCCAAGCCAAUAGAUGUGGUUACAUCAGUUUCUGAAAUACGCUCUCAAGUGAGCACCUCCACCCUGGGCUCUAGUUUGGGUACAGGAGGGAUGGAGACGAAGCUCAUUGCUGCCGAAAUUGCUACUGCAGCUGGCGUGACUACCAUCAUCACUUCAAGCAAGCAACCAGAGAUCAUUAUUGAGAUUGUAUGGUAUUACAGCGCUCUAAAAAACGCGUCAAAUCCCUCUUCAGGGGCCGCCAGCCCAAUCCCCAGAUCAAACGUACCAGACUUAGAAGAUCUCACCGCUUCACUAACACUAAGCAGACCUGCCCACACACUUUUUAAGCCAUCUCUGACCCCGAUGCGCGAUUUGAAGUCAUGGACGAGCCAUACACUCUUUCCGUCAGGGAGCGUUGUCAUUGACUCGGGCGCUCAUAUUGUGCUCUCUCGUCGCGAAUCAGGAGGCCGCCUGCUUCCCGCUGGAGUUGUGGCGGUGCUUGGAACGUUUGCAUCUGGGCAGGCUGUGCGCAUUCUUGUCCGUCGCAGGCCGGACGGGGCACCAUCAGAAGACCCUGAUCUGGCACUGGCUAGCUAUUCAAACGGGUUGGCAUCAACUCAACCUGGAACGCCUACGCUGACUGCGACGGCGUCAAUGUCAUCAUCCAUUGCAUCGUUAGACCCUCUGUCACGUUCUGGAUCGUCCAGCUGUCUCACGGACCUCUCGUCAACGACAUCAAUUCAAACCAUUCAUGGAGAAGAUGUCCCCUCAAUCGACAAGCCGGAGGAAAGCGAAGACUGGGAAGUAGUAGAAGUUGGUCGGGGGUUAGCAAACUACAACUCUGCCCAGAUAUCUCGGGUGAAGGGUUUGAACAGCUCCUAUGUACCACAGCUCUUGGGGUAUGCAGAUACGGAAUACGUCGUGGAAAAUAUCACGAUCAGAGUACCAUAGCCACUGUAUCGAGAUAAUUCAUAAUGCUUACGUUAUCUGUGGCUAUGCUCUAUUUGGAACAGCCAAACAAUCUCAAGUUUUUCG